AUGUGGUUUACAUCAUCUUUUCCCACAACAAAUGGACAAAUUGAAGAUCUUGAGGCAUUUUCCUGUUUGUAUGAAAUCCAGGAAGAGCAAUUUGUGAAAAAUGCACUGGAACAUUUCACUAAAUUAGAGAUACGGAGGAAAAAACUUACUCACGUGGAUCAAAUCGUUGUUUCAUUCUGUGUAAAAAAUUGCCUGCAUUUAGAGUCUCUUUUUCUACGUAGUUGUGAAUUUGUAUUUGAAACCCAUGGGCGGGUGGAGGAGGAAGUGGAAGAAGAAGAAAAAGAAGAAUUGCCAAUCGCACCAAAGCGAUUAUGUCAGCUGUGGCGCUGCCAACUCACAGCUACUUGCUGUGGGGAUCUUGCCACUGUUCUCAGAGUCAAACACAACCUGACAGAGCUGGAACUGGGUGGUAAUUACCUGGGUGAUGCUGGAGUACGGGAGCUGUGUUGUGGGGUUGCAGCCUUAGAUGCUUGCUGCGAGGACCUUGCUGCUGUUCUCCGCAACAGUGAGAACUUGACAGACAUGGAGGUAGGUCGCAAUAAACUGGGCAAUUCCGGAGUGCGGCUGCUAUGUGAGGGAUUGAAACAUCCAGAGAGCAAGUUAUGGAGGCUGGGGUUGCGGUAUUGCCACCUUACCCAUUCCAUCUGUGGGGAUCUUAACGCUGUCCUCAGCAUCAGCCUGAGCCUUUGUGAGUUGGACCUAGGCCGAAACAAAGACCUGGGAGAUGUAGGAGUACAGUUGCUACGUGAGGGAUUGCAAUAUCCAAAUUGCAAAUUACAGAAACUGGGGUUGGAGCAUUGUGGUCUCACAGCUGGUUGCUGCAGGGAGCUGUCCUCUGUGCUCAGAACCAGCCAGACCCUGACUGAACUGGGUUUGGGGAGGAAUGGUUUUCAUGAUUCAGGAGUGCAGCUGCUGUGUGAGGGGCUGAAACAUCCCAACUGCAAACUGCAGAAAAUACAGCUGAACAUUUUUGAUAAGUAAAGACAAAUAGCAAGAGAUGGAGUCUGUGAAAGAGCUUCAAUGGACCUGAAUCGGAUCUUUUUCACCUGCAUGCCUCACGGCUGGGUGCUCACCUACAGGAUGACUUAGUAGCAAGGGGGGUACAGAAGACAGACAACUCCUGUCAUCUUUAAGAAGAAUUCUGUCCACUCACAGGAACUCCAGCAGCAUAUUUCAGCUCCUCUGGUAAAGAACUGGUUGCAUAUUAUAGGGCCAACUCUCCUGCUUGGGGACCAGAGGAGUUGGAUUUGCCCCAUGUUUGGUCUAAGUCUAUGGACAGACAUAACUUUCUGCCACCUCCAAAAGAGCUGUUAUGAUGCAACUAUUAUAUCUGCAGGCUCCUGCAAUGAUACAAGUGAGCUAAAUUGCAGCAAAUUUAUCCUGUGAAUGAAACGGUCUGAAGACUGCAAUGACUCUGCUACAGUUGUAUUGUUAGUAGUUACAGGGCACAUCUACAUAUUCAUUAAUGCACCUUAGAUAUUGCACAUUUAGAGUAGUACUUCCUUUAUAAAGUACUAACUAAAUGUGCAGUAGUGACAGCUCAUGGUUAUUUAGUGAUGUUUGCUGUGCAUUAGCCUAGUAACAGCAUGCAGUAAGCUAUUACCAUGGUUUUUACCAUGACAUGCUACUACGCAGUGGUAUUAGGUUAAUGCGCAGUAAACAUCUUGUGUAGAUGCACUCACAGUGUCCAAUUAUUUAAUAUCCAAUAUAAUUGUUGUAUCUGCCUUUCCUUGGAGAUAUGGUAGCUCAGUGGGGCCAACUUUUUUGCCAGGCAUGUCAUAAAGUAAGCCCUGCACACUCGCUGAGUGCCAUCCCAAUUCCCAUUCUGUUUUCUGCUCCCUGCUCCUUGCUUCCUAAUCCCUGCCCUCAUGUUCCCUGCUCUCUCUCAGAUCUGCUGCAUGUCACACGCAGAUAGUCAUAGUAAUAGAGAAUUCAGGCUGGAAGGGGCCUCUAUAGGCCAUUUAGUCCAACCCUCUGCCUGAGGCCAGGGUCAUCCCUAUCCAAACCAUCCCAUACAACCAUAAUCUAAACUCUACAUAAGACUAUCCUCAGCCCUGACACAACAUAGACCUAACGCCUUAACCUGCCACAGGUAAAGCAGGGGAACCACAGCAGCCAGUGUCCUGCUUGUGUAAAAUGUUAUCUGUGGACUCAUGGACCAUCUCGAGCCAGCUGGCAGUGUCUGUUCUGUUAGCUGGCCAGGUGGUGGCCCAGGAGGAGUUAUGUUGUGGCCCCUGGGCUCCUAUGUGACUGCUGCUCCCCCCAUCACUCCAGAGUCUCCAGCCAUCCUUCCUUCAGUGUUGCUUCCUUCCAUCACCCCAGGGGGCAGGGCACUGCACAGGGAGUUGAGGGUGAAUCCAGGGCUGCAUGUGGGUCAGGGGAGCACCGUGCCUCCACGAUGUAGUGGUAGGUAGGUGCCUGCACAGGCAUGAAGUGCAGUGGCUGUGAGGGGAAGGGGGGUGGGGCAUAGUGCAGCAGGGCUUGGGGAAGAGGGUUGGAAGAAGUGUCCAUAUGGCAUGCACCUUGGUGGCCCAUGCCUUGCAUACAAUCCUUGGGGCAUGUGGCUCCCAGGCGCAUAAACACCUGCCAUGUGUCUUUUACAAUACGCUACACUGGUGAUGUGUAGGCAGAGCAUGCGGAUGCACAUGCACCCCCUGAAAUUGGUGGUGCACCUCCCAAAAGAAGAGCUGCCGACACUGCCAGCGGUGCCUGCAGGUGGUCACUGCUCGCCACCCCCACCUUUGCUGCCACCACCGACACUGCUGGUGGCAUUUGCAGUCGGUUGCUGAUCACUGGUCAGCACUAGCCACCCCCCCAAUACCUCCGUGGCUGCCUGAGGGAGCUCCCCACUCACCGCCACCAUGCCUCCGGCACUGCCACCACUGCUUGCAGGUGCUUGCUGUGUCCCCCAGCCUCCCAGGGCACGCAUCAUUCAUGAUAUGCUAUGUGCUUUCUUACACGCAUGCAGAUUUUGUUUGGGGGGGGGGGGGUUGUUUUCCAUAGUUGCUCAAUUGGUGAAAACAGUUUGCCAUUUCUAACAACCGCUUAUCCCAGUUGUACAUUUCUGUUCUGCUGGUGUCCAGCAAAAAUCCUGGAACAAGAAACAUUGUCUCAUCACCUUGUGGAAGCACAGUAGGGGGUGCUACUACAUAGAGCCACCUGCCUCACUGUGCCAGGUCCAAAAACCAUGCUUCGAGUCUCCCACAGGGUGCCUACAGCUGGCUAUCCUGCUUCCUGGGGAACACCCGCAAGCUUGGGGUAAUGCUGCCACCACCCGGGCAGUGGUCUCCGUUAGGGGUCUGUGCAGCCCAGGGCACACAGAAACUGCGAAACUUGGGGAUGCUUUGCCUACAGUAUUAUUUUUGGGUGCCUCCUACAGCCUGAAGCAUCCCAAGAUAACCUCAGGUAGGACUGAGGGAACAUAAACAGACAAGCUCAGCUGGCAAAGCUGAGAACAAAAAAAAGUCUCUGCCCCCUCCACGGUGAAACAGCAAGACAGGCUGUAACCUGAUACCUUUAUUGAUGGGGGUGGGAUGGGGGUAGAACAAGGAAGUCAGAAUACACUUUGAGCAAACAUAAUCAAUCAGAGUCUUAUUCAGUCAUGGACUUAAUAAAAACGCAUCUGGCCUAGACAUAAAUCCUAACUCCUGGCUAAUUUCCAAGUCUUUACUUACAGAGAAUCAUCCAAUCAGCCACUUGGAGGCACUUUGCUUGUUGCAUUUCAAAAUACCUGCUGGAUAAAGAAUGAGUUCCCCCCUCCCCUCAGGAAUUUAUCUGGCCAAGUCACCUGGUUGACCAUCCUGAACCAAAAAGAAAGCAAGUGAGAGAGAGGGUUCUACCUGGAAUGACCCAAGUGAGAGGCAGAGAGAGGGGGAUUUCUUCACACACCUCACUUGUAUCACAUAUAGCUCUUUCAUUAAUGCAAUGGAAAAUUGUGUUUGCUGUUCCCCUCCCUCCUGACAGCAUCACAUUGAUGUCACACACUGAUUUUGCAUAACCCCCACAUCCUUCUUGGAACUACAGCUUCCGUAACAGUUACCCCACACACCCCAUUCUAUAUUUGUGCAUUUGUUUUUAAUUCCCUAUGUGCAGAAUCCCAUCCUUGUCUUUGGGCAAUGAAAUUAAAUGCAACAAUAUGCUGAAAUGUCACCAAGUCCAGGAGGACCUGCCUCAUUCUCUAAGCUUCACCAGGAUUGGAGCUGGCUUCCACAUAUGCAUGGUGUUCCCAUUUUCUGGUUUUACUACCUGCUCAAUAGAUUUAAGCCAGUGUACACUCACUGGGGACAAGGGUGCAUCACUCACUGCCAGCCCUGCAGCUGACAAUGCUGCCACCACUGCUGUGAGCCUUGUGGCAGUGAUGUCAGCUGCAGGGCUUGUAGCAGGGAGAACAUUGCCCCCUCUCACCCCCUGCUAUGAGGCUCCUUGGCUGUGAGGCUUGCAAUGGAAACAGUUUCUUCUGCUGUGGGGCUUAUAGUGGAGGCAGCAGGAGGAACUGGGCAGUGAGGAGAACACUGCCCCUGCUGUAAGCCUCAUGAGGUGUGGAGAUCACAGUGGUGACAGUGUCCCCCUGCACUGCCCACAGCAUGAGCCCUGCAGCUGUCAAUGUUCACAGUGGGGGCAGCAUUCCCAGUGCUGCCCCCAUUGCAAGCCCCACAGCCCACAUGAUCUAUGGGGCUCACAGUGGGGGCUGUGGGGGAAUGCUGUACUUGCAGUGAACCUCACCAAACGCUAUCAGCUGUGGGACUCACAACCAUGGGACCCCAUGCAGGGGUUGCUUAGGAUCAUGAUCCCCCCCAGCUCUUCCUAGACUGGCAGUAAGGUGUGAUGUGCAUGUGUAGCAUGGCAAUGUCUCUAGUGGGUUAUGGAAUAGAGAAAAUCCCACACAAUUUGCUGAUUCGUUUUGGUGCACUGGCUGGGGGAGUAGUUAACUGAUUGCACGAUUUCACAAUGAUUACACGCUUAAUUUAUACAACACAAUUUUAUUUUAAAACUCUUUGCUACGUAUAUAACACUGCUUAGCUUUAAGAAACACCACAAACAUUAAAAACACAAUAAUUACAUAUAUCAGAAACAAUGCUCUGAAUGCACUUCCUUCCCAAACAAUACUAUAAGAAUUAGUGUUACAAAAACAACUACAAUUACAACUAAAAGUUAAAUUUGAAUCAAUACUAUUAUUUUUCAUAUUAUACUUACAAUCCUAGAAUUCCAAGAAGCCAAAUACCAAAAUAUGGUUUCAUUCCUCAGUAGUACGAUUUAAUGGGUUGGCCUCAGUAGUACGGUUCAAUGGGCUCGCCUCAGCAAUACAAUUCAAUAGGCUGGGCUCAGCAGUGAUAGGACUAAGUCGCCUUCCUUCAGUCCCUUUCAGGUGCUCUGCGGCUUCAGCGUGAACUAAGAGAUUCGUGUUCACGGAGAGGGUGGUUCAGGUGAUCAGUCUGACCCGGUCUACACUUGCGAUUCUUCCUUCGUUGUUCUACAAGUAUAGUCACCUCUAAAUUGGGACAGUAAGUUACAGUUUUUAUUGAGUGAGCUGCUGUCAGUGGGCUCCUCCUACUCAACUUGUCAUUAUCCCCCAAAUUUGGGCUCGGAUCUUACUCAACAGAUUCUUUUGCCUUUGUUGAGCAUUUUAAAUUACCUUGGGAAACUUCCAUAUCACUGCAAAUGCCCUUUUCUUACCAAUCUAGUCAAAAGGCCUUAGGGUUUGAUCUCUUGGAAUUCAGGAUAUUUGCUCUCUUUGUAAAAGACUUCUAAAGAUGAAAUUUAAAUUAAGACUUUAAGCAAAGUCAGGACCUUUUGCACGUAGUCCCAAAACAAUGACUUAGAUAAGGAGAUAAAUCUUAUCUUCUUCCUGAAACUGGCUAAUGGGCAACCUUUACAAACAUUCAAACUAUUUCAUUCAAUAUGACAGGCAAGAGGCACAAUUGUGUGGAUUGCACAUUAGAUCCUAUUGCACCUUUACCUGCACGCAUAGAGGGGCCCUGAGGAAUGACUCUGCCUGGUUGCUCAGUUACCUCCAGCUGGGGUUGGAGUCAGGGAUCUUCAUAGCUUCAUAGAUUGUUAGGGGCUGGAAGGGACCUUGCAGAUCAUCGGGUCCAGCCCUCCUGCACCAAGCAGGAAAGAACUGGGGUUAGGUGACCCCAGUGAGGUGACUGUCCAGUCUCCUCUUGGAAACCCCCAGGGUAGGUGACUGAACCUCCUCUGGAGGGAGUUUAUUCCACAGUCUGGACACCCUGACCGUGAAGGAGUUUUUCCUGGUCUUAAACCUGAAGUGGCCUUCCAGGUGUUUGUAUCCAUUGGUCUUGAUCUUCCCCAGGGGUGCCCUAGUGAACGGUUGUUCAGCAAGCUCCUGAUGCACUCCUUGGAUAUAGCGGUAAGCCGCUACCAAGUUCCCUCUCAACCUGCUUUUCUUUAGGCUAAAGAGGCCCAGGUUCAUCAGCCUUUCCUUGUAUGGCUUGCCUUGCAAGUCCCUGGGCAUAUGGGUGGCUCAUUUCUGGACCCUCCCAAGUUUUUCCACAUCCUUAUUGAAGUGCGGUGCCCUCAUUACAGAAAGUGGUACGUGUAGGACAAGUUUGGGAAUGAUGCUCAGAGAUAGGGAGGGAACAUCCCAAGAACAUAGUGUAAUUAACUCUAUUGAGGUAACUCCAUUGAAACCUUCAGGGUUUCCUGCUUUGAAGUCCUGGCACAAUGUUUAUUGAUGGAAGCAUCACAGACAAGGUUGUUUUCACUAACAGGCUGUAGUAUGCAAUUAAAAAAUGGGAGAGCAACGGCUGACAGCUGUGAUAUCAAAACAGACCUACUCUUAUUUCAUCCCAGACUGGCUGGUCCUUCCUUAGUCUGUAUUCUCUUGAAAGAAGAGCUUUAUAAUCUGGACUGCAUUUUUCUUGCCACAAAAAAGGAAACGAGAAGGAUCAUUUGAUGGCCCCUUUAUCAAGUAUGGUCCUUUGCUUGCUGUGUGGAAUGAGUAAGUGCCUCUCUGAGGUUGAGUUGACAAGUGAGGAUGGAAAGAAGAAGUGGGUAAAGGAAAGAUGGGACUGAGGAUGAGGAAAAGAAAUGGAAAAGAAUGGAUGGCAGAGAUAAUUUGAACCCUGGGAAACUCCGUAUGCGUCAGGUUGGGCCUAGAAGAGACUGCUUGCUGGUUUUUACCUUAAACUGGGUUUCUGACUUCUCCUUCAGGAGAAAGCAAAUGAUAGUUAUUUCACUUAUUUAUUUUUUAUUUGAUUGAUAUGCCAGGGUGGUUUACAAUAAAAUAACAUAACAGUUUAUAAAACAGGAGAACAAACAAAACAACUUAAAAAGCAACUAGACUAUCAACAGAAAACAGAACCUGUUCCUCAUCACCCCUAUGAGCAAGAUCCCAGCCUAUCUUUUUUGCUAAAUGCCUGCCCAAAUAGGAAGGUCUUACAGUGCUUCCAAAACAUGUCUGGGCUUGGGCUCUGGUAGGCCUCAAGAGUGGUUAAAGCUGGAGCUUCUAAGAUUUAUACUCAGCUUGAUGGUGCAGCCUAGGGUCUGAGCACUGUGUGGGGAUAGAGGAAGUGCCAUCUGGACAGUUCAAGAGUAUAAAUUGACCUAUGAAAGGUUCAUUCCUGGCCACAAGGUAAAUAGUGCUGGUCUCUUAUUCCUGCUAAAAUAGCAAGGACCCUGUGCCACAGGGUGGCAUUUGUUGAGCUCUGAGAAACACCUUUCCUGUACUUGCACUCUGUAAGGGGUCCAGAGGAUCCGUUGACAGGCGGCACCCUAGAUGUUGCUGGAGGACCUUGUGUGUGUAGGCCUCCAGGCUGGGCAACACACUGAACCAGUUACAUGUUUGUCUUAAGUUACAUCCUAGGUUGUAUUCUGCAUUCUGUUAUUUAAAUAGGCCACAGGUACCCAUUUCACCCUGGCCAUAGCAGCAGGUCCUUGUGCUUAUUUUCUGAUUGGCUGUUCAUUAUAUUUUAUUUUAUUUUAUUGAAUAGGUUAUAGACCUUAGGUCCAGCAUUAUGUAACUGAUGCUGAUCACUUCCUCCCUCAUGUCCUUUUGACAAGGGAUUUAGCAGAAUUCACAGACUCAUUGGAACCUGACGGGCUGUGCCAUUGAGUGCUUCUGCUAUGGCCUUGACUUUGUAGCCUCUGGGUUGUCAACCAUGCACCUCAGUGCCCACAUCACUUGAACCAUCUUGUUGAGCCCUAAGCUCAUAUCAUUGAUAAGUGUGGGGACUUUGUGGGAGGUUAGGCCCUGAGAAAAAGAGGUCUCAAACUGCAACCGAUCUCAGAUUCCCAGCAGAAGGUGAAGCCCCCUCACUUUGCUGCAGCCUGAUGGUUUACUGAUAUCAGGCCGUUGCUGUAUUGCUCAAAUAAAGGUUUUGUUAAGCCUGGUC